AUGAUGAUUCCGAACAACGACUUCAAGAUUAUCAACAAGAUCGAAAGAUGGCGCAAGAAAAGAUGCCAAAAUAUUAAAAAAGAGUUGACUGAUUUUUUAAAGGUGAAAUUUAAUACUGACAAGAAGCAAGAAAAACAAGCGGAGAGAAUCAAGUUGGCUCAAAAUUUGGGAAAUAUUAUGAUUAUUAUUGGGUUUAUUGUUGGACUGGUACUUUAUGUGGGAGAAAAUGAAAAGAAAAAACGAAGUGAUUAUAUUGUGGAAGAAUCUCAUAAUACAAAUGCUGCUGAAGAUAGUCUGACACAGGCUCAGGGUGGUAACAUUAAUGCUCAACAAUUUCUCUUUCAGCAAUCUCUAGUAAGGUCAACAAGGUGA